AUGAAUAAUAAAAGUGCAUUUGUGAACAAAACAGUUGAGAUGAGCGAUAAACCGGUAACCGAUGUUUCAAAAUCCGUUGCAUUUAUUUCUCAACCUGAUUUAUUCGACCCAUAUUUAUGGCCAGAUAACAGACAGAAUAACUUAAUAGACAUAGUUAUUAAGAUGGGACCACGUGAAAUAAACGAAGACAUUUAUCCCAAAGAUGAAAAUAAUCGCAAUAAUGACUGGAAACAUAUGACAACAAUACUUAUUUCGCAUGAAAAAUCACCUGAGCAUUUUACUGCAUACAAAAAGUGGCACGAAUGUGAAUUAAAAUUAAACCUUGGUAGAUGUAUUGAUAAUGACCUGCAACGAGUAAUGAAUACAGAAGUUCAAUAUUGGAAAAGUAUUUUAGAAAGGUUAAUAUCUAUAACUUUAUACUUAUCCAAACACAAUCUAGCUUUCCGAGGAUCGUCUGAUAAACUAUUUGAAAGAAAUAAUGGAAACUAUUUGGGGUUAGUAGAACUUUUAGGAAAAUAUGACAAUAAUAUGAAAGAACAUUUAAAUCGAAUAACUACACAAAAACUCAAUCUGGCUUAUUACAGUAAGGAUAUUCAAAAUGAACUUAUAAAUCUAAUGGCCUCCAAAGUUUUAGAAAUUAUUCAGCAAAAAGUACAAGUCGCAAAAUAUUUUUCUGUGAUAUUAGAUUGUACUCCUGAUGUCAGCCAUUCUGAAAAAAUGUCAUUUACUAUAAGAUUUGUGGACGAAAAUAAUGGCAAUUUACAAGUAGCUGAGCAUUUUAUUGGUUUUAGAGAAGUUAGUGAAUCUACUGGAGAAAGCCUUACUGAGUUAUUGCUUAAGACACUAAAAGAAAACAAUCUUGAUAUAAUGAACUGUCGUGGUCAGGGUUACGAUAAUGGCGCGAAUAUGAAAGGUCAUAAAAAAGGUGUUCAAGCAAGAAUUUUAGCUUUAAACCCUAAAGCGGCAUUUAUGCCCUGUGGUUGUCAUUCUCUUAAUCUCGUUAUAUCUGACGCAGCCUCGCAAUCCAAAGAAUCUAUCACUCUUUUUGGAAUUGUACAACGGAUAUUUGUUUUAUUUUCGGCUUCUGUUUACCGUUGGCAAGUACUAAAAUCACACUUACCUAACUUGACGGUUAAACCAUUGUGUACAACCCGUUGGGAGAGUCGCAUAGACAGUGUAAAAGCAAUUCGAUAUCAAACAAAAGAAGUAUACGAUGCAUUAAUUGAAGUUGCGGAAUCAUCUAAGGCAGAUGCUGGUACAAGGAAUGAAGCAAGCAGUUUAGGCAAUCAAUUACUUGACUUCAAGUAUCGAGAAACAGGGUACGCAGAUGCGUCAAACUCUUCAAGAGAAAAAGCAGAGUCAUUAGGUAUAGACCCAAUUAUAAAAGAAGUACGAGUAAGACGUAAAAAAACUUUUUUUGAUGAAAACACCGAUCAAGAUUUUUUGAUUAGCGCUGAAGAACGUUUUAAAAGAGAAUUUUUCUACACUCUUGUAGACACAGUCAGAGAAUCUAUAAAAGAAAGAUUUACUCAAUUUGAAAAUCAUAAGCAGUUAUGGGGGUUUCUGUACAAUUUAGAAAAAUUACCAUCUUCUGAAUAUCUUUUGGCAUGCUGUAAAGAUCUGCAUGGAGCACUCUCGGAAGGAGAUAGUGCUGAUAUAAAUUCCGUAGAGCUUUACAGUGAACUUAAACAUCUGAGUUCACUUUUACCAAUUGGCAAAGGAUCCCCCAAAUCAGCGCUCCAGUUUAUACACGAUAUGAAAUUAGUUGAUAUAUUCCCUUACACAUGGAUAUCUCUAAGAAUAUUGCUGACGAUUCCAGUUACUGUAGCAUCAGGUGAACGAAGUUUUUCUAAACUGAAAUUAAUAAAAACUUAUUUGCGCUCCUCGAUGACAGAUGAUAGACUUUCUUUGUUAGCAAUUUUGUCAAUUGAAAAUGAUUUAGCCCAAAAAGUAAACUAUGAAGAAGCAAUCAAACAGUUUUCUGAAUUAAAAGCUAGAAAAGUUAAGUUUUAA